CGCGACUUUGUCUUUUGUGUCUUUGCAAUAAUUGCGACAUGUCAAGCGAUCAGAACGAUAAAAAAGAAGAAGUGCAUUAUGCCGCAGAGGAGUAUGCAGUUGAUGAUUAUGUAGCGCCUGCAGUGUAUUCAGUACCUCAAGGUUAUUACAACGACGAAGGAGAAUUCGUCGAAGUGAGUACAGGAUCUACAGAUCCAAACCAACCACCACCACCAUCAUCCAACUACCAUAACCGUCAAUAUUACUCUGAUCCAAACCAAUACUACUAUGGUUACAAUUACAGUUCAGCAUAUGGAGAUAAUAGUACAGCACCUCCAGGAACGGAAAAUGUUUCGACAGCAGCAACAGGUGCGCCACCAGGAACUUAUAAUUACGACCAAUAUUAUUCACAAGGCUAUUAUGAUUCUUCGUAUUAUAAUGAUAGUGCCACUGCAAUGAAUGAUAUCACACCCUCUACCUCUACAAGUGCAGCAGCUUAUGGAAAUAACAGUUCUAUGAUACCACCCUCUGAUUCAACUGCAUCAAAGAUGCCAUCAGCGACGCCUGCUCCCAAACCGUACUUUCCUCCACCCGCUAACAGUAAUCAACCCAUUGGGCCUAUUGUUAUGACACGGUCUGGCUAUACGGGUCAAGAUAACACAACAUCAACCACUGACUCUACUUCAUCAGGAGCAGUAAUUGAAGCAGCAUCAGAGAAUAACAGUAAUAGUAAAAAGAAAAAGAAAAAGACUGCCAUUCGUGCAGCAGGUGGUGAGGUGUGGGAAGACGCUACGUUACUGGAUUGGGAUGAGAACGAUUAUCGUCUAUUUGCAGGUGAUUUAGGCAAUGAAGUGACGGAGGAACUUUUGUUCAAAACCUUUUCAAAAUACCCAAGCCUUACAAGAACGCGUGUAGUUCGAGAUAAACGCACAAUGAAAUCGAAAGGUUAUGGAUUUAUUAGUUUUAAAGAUCCUGAUGAUUUCGUAAGAGCAUGGAGAGAAAUGAACGGUAAAUACGUUGGUAAUAGACCUAUCAAACUUCGUAAAAGUAAUUGGAAAGAACGUAAUCUUGACGUUAAAGUGAAAAAGGAAAGGGAGCGUUUUGGACCCUAUGCUAAGCACAAAUAGAAUAACUGUGUAGAUAGAUGAGAAAGGGAAAAAUUGGUAAUAUGUGAUAACCCAAAUCUGCCGGUUUUAUUUGACAUCAUUUUGAUUGAUACACAAUUAUUAUGGCUAAUUCGACAUAGAAAUACAUAAUAAAGGAGUUUCCUUUU